CUUCUAAACACUACUUCACUGCGUGGAAAUAGUAUUUUAAAAGCCAAUAGAUACCUAUUUCAUCAAGGACUAAAAUGGAAUAAAAAUUAUUUUUAUUGACAUUGACUGUUGUCUACUUGAUUGUAAAGAAACUAUGUGUUAUUAGUAAUUACUAUUAUGGCAUGUCCAAUAUAAACAGAAUUGAAAACUCUAAAAUAAGAUACCUACAGUGCUUAAAGGGAACUGUAAACAAUAGGAUUUAUAUAAACACUAAAAGUAUCAAGGUCAAAGUUAGUUCUCCAGUAAAAAUUUUCAACAUAAAAUAAAACUCACUUUUCAAGGACGACUUACCCAAGUCUCACUCAGGUUUAUAAAUACGGACAAGUGUAGACAUUUCCGAACUCGAAUAGUGUUGACAUUGACUAUAAAUAUUUUUGACAAUUGACAAUUUUAUGUCACGUUUACGGUCGCUUGUCGGUUUGACGUUUCAGAUUUUACAAAAGUUGACCCAAAAGAAAAUAUUGUAUAAAAUAGCUUAUUUUCAAUGGGAACUGAAGAAAAAAUCAACGUUACCCAGGUAGAAGAUGUUCAAUCUAAAGCUUCUCAAUUGGAAAAGAUUCAACCAUUUACAGUAGAAAUUUUAAAGUUAAUUAAAGAUUCCCAACAACAGCACGGUCUCAGACAUGGAGAUUUUCAAAGAUAUAGAGGAUAUUGUUCCAGACGGAUUAGUAGAUUACGAAAGGUGUUGAAAAUCCCACAAGGAGAUAGAAGACACUUCAAGAAACGAGAUGUAACUGAGGCUCAUAUAAUAAAUCCGCGAGCAGAUGACAGAUUUUUACACAUUCCUUUAAUGUUAACGGAGAGAUGUUGGGCAUAUGCAAUGCAGCUACGUCAGGAAGCCAAUACUGAACCAAGAAAAAAGUUUCAUUUAGUUCAGAAAUUACGCAAAGCUUGUGUAUAUGCAUUACAAUUAGAUGAACUUUGCAAGCAAGAGAGGUGCGAUGUAAGAACUAAACUUGAAGCCCAAGCAUAUUUAGCUUGGAUACAAGGUUCUCUGCAAUUUGAGUUACAGCUUUGGCAGCAAGCUGCAGAAAAUCUAAAGAAAGCCCAAGUUAUUUAUGAAAAAAUAGCUUCUACUCUUCCUGAAGAAGAACAAUUGCCUUACAAGCAGAGAGUUGAAGAAAUUAGUCCAAGUUUACGUUAUUGUGCAUACAAUAUUGGAGAUGAAAAAGCUGUAGACUUAUUAGAGUUGCGAAGUCAAGGAGUUUUAGAGAACUUUGAUACACUUGUGAGUCAAACUCAAGAAAAAACAGAAGAUGUGCUGUAUGAGAUAAAAUGGUUUAACUUAAAAAUACCUGUAAGAGUUGAGCGAAUUAGAGUUUUUUUGGUGAGCAUUGAAGGUUUGAAUGAUUCGCUAGUACAUGCUGAAGACAGUCAAGCUAGAAUUAAGAUACUGGAAAACCUAUUUAUUGACCUUAGAGAUAUAAUAUCUCUUACUAGAGAAAGUGCUCGUGCUGAAAAAAUUACUGCCAAGCAAGCAAAAGAAUAUCAGUUGCUUUUAGCUUAUCUCCUAUCAAUUCGCAUAGAAAGGACUUCACAAAGAAACUUGAUUUUAAUCUUACAAACAAGGAAACCUCAAGAUUGCAUUCGCCUACUGGACAUUAAUAUUCAACAAACCAAUGAAAUAUCACAAAAUGAAGCUAUUAAGGAGAAUACCGAAAUUCAAAAAUACUAUGAAUCCCAAAUUAAAGCUUAUAAAUCCUUAAGAUCUUAUUAUUUGGCUAGAACACAAGCAACUCAGAAACGUUGGAAAGAGGCUGCAGUUUUGUUUGAUUCUGGACAUAGGUCUGUUCAGGAUUUGAAUCAAGGUACAUUCGUAUCAGAACUGAAGGAGUUAUUGAAAAGAGUAAAAGAAAAAUCAGAAAUUGAUAUUGCAACUGCUAAGGCCAAUAUGAUAUUAGAUCAAAAACAAGAAGAAAUAACUGUACAGUUUCCUCAAAAAACGUACAAGAGCAAAAAACCGCUUAUCGAGAGAUUGGAUGAAUUUAGAGAAGAUGCCCAACUACUAUCUAAAAAUCCAAAUUUGGUCACUUUUCCUCCUCAGAUGGAGCCCGUGCCAGCGAAACCCUUGUUUUUCGAUUUGGCCCUAAACUUUGUAGAAUUUCCAGAUCUCUCUGAUAAACUUGAAGGUUCACAACCCAAGCAGAAACAAGGUGCUGGCAUUUCUGGUUUUGUUAAAGGACUCUGGGGAUGGGGAAAAUAAUUUAUUAAUCAAAUAUAUAAAAUUAAUGAUUUUCUUAUGGUAUAUGAAUAAAAUGUUUUGAGGA